GUUCCCCUGUCCCUCUCUCUGUGUUGGUGUCAGUUGUGUCCCUGGGGUUUAUUUUGAGGUCUUUUCACAGCUGUUCUAUAUGUGGGCCAGACCUCCCCCUCUCUCUCUUGCUCUUUUCCUCCUUCUCAUUUCUCCUUUUCUUUCUCAUAUACCCAGGACCUUCUGGUAAGACCUUCCAGGACCUUCCGCCUAUCAGAAUGGAGACUUGUCAGGUGAGUGGCCAGGGGGAGCCAGCCCAGGGUCAGGGUCAGGUGGACUUGACAGAGGACCUGAGCAAGCAGCUAGAGGACAUCAUCAGUACCUACCAGGAGGCCAGUGAGGAGCCCACGGAGCAGGAGGAGGUGGAAGAGGAGGCGCUAAAGGAGCAGGUCACUAAGAAGAGCUCCGCCAAGGACCAGAAACUGGAGAAGAAGAUGCUGAAAAGCCUUGGUAAAGAGGCCAUGCUAUUGAUGCAGAGUUUGAACAAGCUUGGCACUCCAGAGCAGAAACUGGAGGCCAUCAUCAAGAAACAUGCUGAGCUGCUGGAUGAGCACCGGGGUGACCAGAAGCAGCUGAAGUUUCUGCAGAAGAAGCUUCUCCAGGUGAUGAAAGAGAAGGACCAGCUCCAGAGUGAACACAGCAGGGCUGUUCUGGCCCGCAGCAAGUUGGAGUCCCUGUGUAGGGAGCUGCAGAGACACAACAAGACCCUCAAGGAGGAGACCCUCCAGAGGUGUAGGGAGGACGACCUGAAGAGGAAGGACAUCACCACUCACUUCCAGAGCACGCUGACGGACAUCCAGGUCCAGAUCGAGGAGCACAGUACCCGCAACACCAAGCUGUGUCAGGAGAACAGUGACCUGGCAGAGAAACUCAAGAGCCUCAUCUCCCAGUACGACGCAAGAGAGGCGAACCUGGAAAAGGUGUUUAAACAUAGAGACCUGCAGCAGAAGCUGUUGGAAACUAAACUUGAACAGGCAAACAUGAUCAUUGCAGAGGGAGAGGAGAAGCACAAGCGAGAGAAAGACCACUUGAUAAAUAAGGCUGCACGGUCGCAGGUGAAGGUGCAGAUUCUGAAAGAACAAGAGGAAGGGAUGCAGGCCCAGAUUUCCAUGUACUCCGAAAAGUUUGAUGAAAUCCAGGGGACGGUGUCAAAGAGCAAUGGAGUGUACGCCAGCUUCAGACAGGACAUGGAGAAGAUGUCCAAGAAGAUGAGGAAGCUGGAGAAGGAGUCUAUCCAAUGGAAAAGCCGUUUCGAGGGCUGCAACAAAGCUCUUAUCGAUAUGCUCACAGACAAAACCUUGAAGGAGAAGGAGUUUGAGCUGUUCACCUUGAAGACUCAGAAGCUGGAGAAACUGUGCCGGGCACUGCAGGAGGAGAGGAACAGUCUCUCUCAUAAGCUCCAGGAAGCCAAUCCAGCGGCUGCCACCAGUGUAGUGGAGACAAACAAGAAGGAGAAUCCAGGGGUACCUGCUACUGAAAAGCCCAGUGAGACACCCUCUGAUAAACCCAGGGCUACUGAACCCCUUGCUCCUGAAACCCCUGUUCCUAUAGAGACCCCCGCAGUCGUAACUCCUGUUCCUAUAGAGACCCCCGCAGUCGUAACUCCUGUUCCAAUAGAGACCCCCGCAGUCGUAACUCCUGUUCCUAUAGAGACCCCCGCAGUCGUAACUCCUGUUCCUAUAGAGACCCCCGCAGUCGUAACUCCUGCUACUGAAAAUCCCGCUCCUGCAACCCCCCUGACCAGAGAGCUGGCUGACCUGAAGGCCCAGAAGGCCCGUCUACAGGAGAUUCAAAUGUCCUUCACCCUUUCCAACGUUGUGCCGCCUGAAUUCUUUGACAACGAGGAAGAGGAGACCACCACAGAGCCACAUGGACACACUGAGGCCCCAGAGGUCAGUAACGAGGCAACCAAGGCCCCAGAGGAGAAUCACAUAGAGGGGUGUAACGGAGACAAGAAGACAGAGGAAACCACCAGCCCAUCUUCUUCUUCUGCCACAGCAGCUGAAGAAUAUGAAGCCCAGGAGCAGAGAGAUAGGGAUAUGGAGUCAGUUGACUAGACUAGGGUCGGUGUAGUUAUAGUAAGUUACAGAGAUGGAGACCAUGUGAUCAUAACUUGUUUGAAUGGAAUUUUUAACAAUAAACAAUAAAAACGU